AUGGCGUUUUACGAAUCCUCCUCAUCCGUUUCCUCCUCUUCUCAUAGCACCAAGAGCAAGAGCGAAAGUGACCCCUCCCGUCAUCAGACCCCCAGAAACAGCUCAUCCAUGUCCGACACCCAACCCGAAAGCUCCUCUAUGGAGUUUAAUUUGUACCUGGUCCGUACGGGACCUGGUGACGAUGACUUUGUGAUUUGGCUAGUUCCUGCUACAUCGGAUUCCAACACUCACCGGGUUGAGCUGGAAGUCGAGCCGGAAGUCCCUCUCGCAGGAGAUGUCACAGUGGGGGGCUGCGUCGCGGCUCCUUCUCAGUGUGGGGGGGUAUCUGACUCUGGCCGUGACUGUGACCGUGACUGUGAUCAUGAAAUGUCGGAUAUGGAUAUACCAAGCCAGCCGCAUGUCGAGGACCAGGAUCCACAUCCACUCAUCAUCACUCAGAAUACAGGAGAUGAUGGGAAUGUACCCAGCACUAUAGAUGACGACAGUGAAGACGACGAGGACGAGAACGAAAAUGAGGAGGGGAGGAGAGACGAUAGACGAUAA